CUUAAACUUCCAGAAACAACUUCUAACACACACAGCCCAAAGUGGAAUGGCCGAGAAAAGGAGGUCGCCGUCUACAAUGAGUUUGAAAGCUCAUGCCUUUUCAGUGGAAGCACUAAUCGGGGCGGAAAAGAAAAGGAAACUGGACGAGCGCAGCGAGAAUGUUGUCGAGGUGAAAGAUCUGAGGACAAACCAGACUGUGAACGUGCCGAGUACGGACAGGAACUCGGAGGGCGAAAGAAACUGUGGCACUGACUAUAGCGAGAGACCGGUUCUGAACGGGGACGAUGCCUUGGAGUGCCCUUCGCCUCCAGUAGUCAGUAAGGCCUAUGUAGCGCCCAAGUGUGGCACCUCCCGAGAGGACAUUCAAGUGGAGCUGCAAGGCGCUGACCUGUGGAAAAGGUUUCACGACAUCGGCACCGAGAUGAUCAUCACGAAGGCAGGAAGGAGGAUGUUUCCGGCUAUGCGGGUGAAGAUCUCGGGUCUAGACCCCCACCAGCAGUAUUAUAUCGCCAUGGAUAUUAUACCAGUGGACAAUAAACGUUACAGGUAUGUGUAUCACAGCUCCAAGUGGAUGGUGGCUGGAAAUGCGGAUUCGCCAGUCCCUCCUCGGGUUUACAUCCACCCGGACUCUCCGGCUUCGGGAGAUACCUGGAUGCGGCAGGUCAUCAGCUUCGACAAGCUCAAACUCACCAACAACGAGCUGGACGACCAGGGACAUAUUAUAUUGCACUCCAUGCACAAGUAUCAGCCUCGGGUACAUGUCAUCCGCAAGGAGUGUGGAGAGGAGCUGUCGCCGGUCAAAGCUAUCCCGGGAGGAGAUGGGGUGAAACAUUUCUCCUUCCCCGAGACUGUCUUCACAACAGUGACCGCCUACCAGAACCAGCAGAUCACUAGGCUGAAGAUCGACAGAAACCCAUUUGCCAAAGGAUUCCGAGAUUCAGGGCGUAACAGAAUGGGUUUGGAGGCAAUUGUGGAAUCCUAUGCAUUCUGGAGACCCUCUUUGCGGACCCUCAGCUUUGAAGAUAUACCUGGGAUUCACAAACAAGGUGGUACAGUGUCCUCAUCUACCCAUCAAAGUCCAGGAAAUGGUGCCACAGCACAUCUUCUGCCCAGCUCUUCUUGCUCCUCUCCAGCUUUCCACCUGGCACCAAAUAGUAGCCAGCUCUGCAACCUGAGUCCAGCAGACUUCACAACCUGCAACCGCACAGGCUUGACCUUUAACAGAUACAGCAGUAGUCUCGCUGAAACCUACAACCGUCUGACCAGCCCUGGCAGUGAAAGCUUUGCAUCCCAGAGGACCCCCUCCUACAUUGGAGUAGCUAACACAGCAAGUGUGAACAUGUCAAUAUCCAGCAGUGAAGGAGAGGCAUUCAACUGUCAUCAGGCUGGGUUGCCAGUGCCGAUCUCUGGGAUAUCAUCUCCUCAGCUCCAGUACAUCAUGCCUUCGCCAUCAAAUAAUGCCUUUGCUGCCAAUCAGACCCACCAGGGCUCCUACAGUACUUUCAGAUUGCACAGCCCAUAUGGUUUAUACGGAUAUAAUUUCUCCACUUCCCCCAGACUGGCAGCCAGCCCUGAGAAAAUAAUUUCUUCCCAAGGAGGUUUCCUGGGUUCAUCUCCCAGUGGUACCAUGACUGAUCGACAGAUCUUGCCCACCGUGGAGGGGGUCCCUUUGCUCAAUAGCAACCAGCAAAUCAUGUUUGACACAAGGCCGUUAGGGAGUUUGACAGCCUCACCGUCCCAGAUUCCAGCACAUUUAGUUUGACAAAAUAGCUGAGCUUGAGUGAAAAUGUGUGCUCUUACAUUAUGAAAUAUUGGUGGAGAUUCUUCUAUUUAUCAACAUAUCCACCACUGUCAAAUAUGCUAUUCAGUUGUGGCACUGGUUGGGUGUGGACUGAAUGUGCUGAAGAUUGGGACAGAUUUGGACAUUCCAUCUGGUUGAAGUGUAGGAGAGUUCCUCGGGAUGCAGUAUUUGUUCCUAUAGCAGGUAUGGUAUGUCAGAUGAUGUGAGGAUCUAGUUGUGGUCCCAAAAAGAGCUUCAAAGGACACUAAUUCAGGCAAGAAGUGGAAAAGAAGGUCAACUGUUUCAAAAAUCUUUAUCAUUGACUAUGUAUCUUGUAUAAUGAUGUUAUUUUCUGGAUUGACAGAUGAAUUCAUUAACUGUAGUAGAUAGUGAAUGGACUUGGUUACAAUGUGAAGUCAAUCAAGACAUUUGGAUACAAAUACCUGCCUUACAAUAAUGACUCUGUUUCAACAAUUAACCUCACAAAAACUCCUAAACCCAAUCCUUUGGUCCAUCUGGUGACUUAUCCUUUCCUGCCUCUAACUUCCUCUUUUACUUUCCUAAGAUUGCGGACCCACAGUGGCAUAUUGGUCUACAGAUUUUGGUAGCCUUUCAGUCCUUGGCCAAACAGUUUUUCUUCAUGUAUGAGUCUAAGUAUUGGGUGUUAAUUGAUUGUCAAUGAUGUGGGUACCAUGAGAUCCUGUCUGCACCUGAUGGUUGCACAAGUGCACUUUGUACAGCAAAGAAUCACUGGAUAGAGAUCAAGUGUACAAAUCAAACAUUUACAAGCAAUUUUAUCUGGAUGAUUUUCACUCUUCUUAAACAGGAGUCCAAUGAUAGCAUCCCCACUGCAAUCCUACUGAGAGUUCAAACUCAGCACAGACCAGAGAAUGCAUGUGGUUCUUAGUCCAACGCUUAUAUUUCCAUCAUUGGAGCCAACCCACUUAAAAAUUUGUCUCUCUCCCCUUCAUGAUUGUAACAUAACAUUUUGUUUCAGAAAGGUGUCAUGUUAAACACCAUAUUCUAAAAUAACAUAGUAGAUGACAGCAACCAUGACCAGUUAUAAUAUCAAAACAGUGUUCCAGUGCUCUAGUUUGUUUAAUAUUCUAAUUUAAAUUUUUGAAAUACCCCACAAAAUCUACAAAGCAAAUGAAAAAUAGGGGAAUAUAGUAAACACCCAUUGUAAUUGGCAGCAAAACAGCAAAUCAUUCAUUUCAUUUCUAUUCAUGGUUAGUUAUUGAGUCAGGGUGAAAUUAUAUAAAAAAGAACUCUUUUCUACACUAAGAUAAAAGUAAAAUACUGCAGAUGCUAGAAAUCUGAAACAAAAACAAAAAUACCUGGAAAACUUCUUCAAGGUGGGCAUUUCUUGAAGAGAAGUGGCAGUCAAUUAAACACUAAGAUAAAAGCAAAAUACUGCGGGAUGCUGGAAAUCUGAAACAAAACAAAAAUACUUGGAAAAACUCAGCAGGUCUGCCAGCAUCUGCAGAGAGCAUCUUUUCUACAGUUUGCUAUGCUUUCAUUCAUUGGCUGCAGGGUAAUCAUAGAGCCAAACCAUAAUUCAAAAGAUAAUGGUUUCCAAGGUUUCCAUAGUGAAAAGGUAAUACAAAUUAAGGACUGAAUAGUAUAGUGCACAAUCGUAUAAAGAGAGUUCAUCUACCAGCAGUAUCAUUCUCAAAUUAUUCCUAUUAGAAAUGCAAAACACAAUUGUAUAAUUCCAUAAAAGCUUGUCAUAAAAUGCUGAUGUUUGGGUGUUAUCAGUCAAAAAUAAGUUAGCAAUAUUACCUCGAUAUUUACAUAUAAUACUCUCCCUUAUAGCAUGGGAUCACAUAAGCCACAACAAAGUUUACUGCGGAUAAAUUCAAAGACAAGUAAUGCCUUUCCAAAAGACACUCUUCAAAAUAUAUUCACAGGUAAAAAGUGCUAACUAUAAUUGAACAUUGAUAUAUUUUGUUGAAACUGUUCCAGGCCAAGAGACUGACUGCUGCUCAAAAACUGAUCAUGCUUCUGUGAAAACAUUGCUAAAAUAAAAAUAGAUUCUGAACAAAACUUCAAUGUCUUAGUAAGUGAUGCCUGAGUGCCUGGAAAUAUAAUGCCUCUCAGAAAUAGAAGCACUUGAAAUGACUAUAAACAAAUGAUAAUUCACAGAGUGUAUAACUGCAAAGUAUCUCCCAAUUGGGAAGAUGUUUUUAUUCCCAAGUAUCUUGGGAUUAUAUAAGCAAUACAAGUGAGAUAUCUUUCAAGCUGGUUUUACUCUACUGUGUUUGUUUUGGGGAAUAUAUAAAUUCUGAUGUCUGAAGCAACUUUACCAGCUGAAAUGUUGCAUGAUAAGAAACAGUAACUAGAAAUCAAUCAUAAAAGCAAUGUAGUUUUUUUACUUCAUAACUUGGGUAAGAUUGUGUUCUUAUCCAUAGGGAACAUUACCAGCAUCAAACCACAAGGACUACAGUCUUUUCACUCCCUCUUUGAACUGCACCAUACCGUAAGUGCCAAACAUUCUUGUUGCCUUUUGUUACUUAAUAGUGAGGAAAUUAUGUCUAAAUUAUCAAGCCUUAUGUACAUGAAUAGCCCUGUCAAAAUAUUGUGAAAACUGUACUUUCAAAUUGUUUAAAUGUGUAAAUAUGUUAACUAUGUUACCGCAAAAUUUUACUGGCAAUAAAAAAGGUAGACUUUAUAUAA